GUUCAACACUAUUCAAGGCGCUGUAGUCUUUGUUUAGCCGCCCAAAUAUUCGCUGAAAACAUAUGCAGUUUGAUAAAUUGUUAAUAAAUGGUGAUUAAAUAUUUUUGGCUUAAAACCUAGAUUGUGUUGACCAAAUCCGAAGCCCAAUUUAUAGGGAAGCUGCUGAAAAUAAAUGAUAAUUAACAAGGCAGCAAAAAAACACAUUACGCGCGCGAAUUUCUAAGCACGAAGCGAGGAGGAAGAGGAAGAAAAGAAUAGUUCAAUAAAAAUGGCACAAAUUGAAGAAUAUCAAGACUUGGUCUUGGAUGCCCUGGAGGUGGUCGAGUUCAAGCUGAUACGUGAUAAAGCAGACGCCGACAUCAAUAAUGAUGCCAUCCCCGGAUUUCACCCGGUUAUGGCUCAUCAGAUUUUUGGCGAAUCCGAGACUAUAUUUGGAUAUCAGGACUUGCGUGUGCGUAUCCUUUAUACCGCCGGUCCAUUGCACAUAUAUUUGGGCGUGGAGUACGGCAAGCGGGUAAAUGAAAUUUCUGACGGCGAAAUCAAGGCAGACGAUGUGGUCGCCACCAUUGCCCAGAGCCUUCCGGAUGGCUGCUAUUUCAUCAAUCUCGAUGAAUUUUUAAAGACUCUGGACAAAGCCGAUAAAUUCCAGCCAUUCGGUGAGAAGAUCAGCGAGUAUAAGCAGCAAUCCGAAGAUGGCACCGAGAGACUAUUUGAGAUCUAUCAGUGUGAUUAUAAAUCGUCAUCGUUCCUUAAGUUCUUUGCGCGUCUGCAGACAUUCAUACUUUGGUUCGUGGAUGCUGCCUCAUACAUAGACACUGACGAUCCUCAAUGGUGUUAUUUUAUUUGCUAUGAGAAGUACAAGAACAAUGAUGGACAGUAUCAAUAUGCCACAGCUGGAUACUCGACUGUCUAUGAGUACUAUGCCUAUCCGCAGAACAAGAGACCAAGAAUUAGCCAAAUGUUGAUACUUCCACCCUUCCAGAAAUUAGGUCUAGCCACUCAGAUGGUAAAAACCAUUUACCAGUUUUAUCAAUCUCAGAAGAAUGUGGUAGAUAUUACCGUUGAGGAUCCAUCGGAGGAUUUCCAGCGUUUACGCAACUUUGUGGAUGCUCGAUACUGCAAGGAUCUAAAGUCCUUUGCCCGCAAUGAAUUAAUCAAGGGAUUCAACAAAGAAAUGGUAAGGGAGGCUCGUGAAACUUUAAAACUUAAUCCACGCCAGGUGCGCAAAGUUUAUGAACUUAUGCGUCUAUACUAUACCAAUGUGAACGAUGAUAAGGAAUACAAGGCAUAUAGGCUAGAGGUCAAGAAGCGUCUCAAUGCCGUCUAUUAUAAACAACUGAAGGAUCUAAAGAAAAUGGAACGCUACAAAAUGGAUACGGAAAUGUUGCGGGCACGGCUGCCCAGUACAAAGCAGCGCAUGGAACAGCUUCAGGAGGAGUACACGCUCGUCGAGCAGGACUAUAAGAAUACAAUUGCCAAGUUGAAAGCCUGAAGGAAUAAAAUAAAAGGGAAACCAGAGCAUCCAAAAUGGUGAUGAUUAAUUUAUUUUGUUUUUCCGUUCUAAAUAUGUAGAUUACAAAAUACACUUUGUUGCUGUAAGCUUAUAGUAUGAUACUGUCGAAUAAAGUUUUAAUAAAACAUAA